CCUGGCUUUACUAUGGCGGUUGGAGGAACGGCAGUGAUCACACGUCGGCUGCUGGGAAGAACUGGAUUCUCGUUUCAGGUCACCAUCAGAAAAGCUAAGUUUGCUGUAGAGUAAGGAUCAGGAGAUCUGAUCCUGAUUGCAGAACCAUCUCUGAUUACAGAAUCUUGGGUUGUGUCUCCCACUUCAUCCUCCAGACCAUCCCAGAAGAUCUAAUAAGAUUCCAUCUGGGAAAUCACUAGGAGUUCUUAGAAGGGAAAGAAGGAAGAUUAUUGGUAGGAAUAAAAACAGGGUUGAAUGAGUUCCAGAAAGCAGGGUUCUCAAACUCCUGGACAACAAUCUGCAGAAGAAGACAACUUCAAAAAACCAACUAGAAGCAACAUGCAGAGAAGUAAGAUGAGAGGCGCAUCCUCAGGAAAGAAGACAGCUGGUCUGCAGCAGAAAAAUCUUGAGCCAGCUCUUCCAGGAAGAUGGGGGGGUCGCUCUGCAGAGAACCCCCCUUCAGGAUCCGUGAGGAAGACAAGAAAGAACAAACAGAAGACUCCUGGAAACGGAGAUGGUGGCAGUACCAGCGAAGCACCUCAGCCCCCUUGGAAGAAAAGGGCCGGGGCAGACCCCACCGUUGAAAGUGAAGAGGCAUUUAAGAAUAGAAUGGAAGUUAAAGUGAAGAUUCCGGAAGAAUUAAAACCAUGGCUUGUUGAGGACUGGGACUUAGUUACCAGGGAGAAGCAGAUGUUCCAACUUCCUGCUAAGAAAAAUGUAGAUGCUAUUCUGGAAGAGUACGCAAAUUGUAAGAAGUCGCAGGGCAAUGUCGAUAACAAGGAAUAUGCAGUUAACGAAGUUGUGGCAGGAAUAAAAGAAUAUUUCAGUGUGAUGUUAGGCACCCGGCUGCUCUACAAGUUUGAGAGGCCCCAGUAUGCUAAAAUCCUCUUGGCUCACCCUGAUGCGCCGAUGUCCCAGGUUUAUGGAGCGCCACACCUACUGAGAUUAUUCGUAAGAAUCGGAGCAAUGUUGGCCUAUAUGCCCCUUGAUGAGAAGAGCCUUGCAUUAUUGUUGGGUUAUUUGCAUGAUUUCCUAAAAUAUCUGCCGAAGAAUUCUGCGUCUCUGUUUACUGCUAGUGAUUACAAAGUGGCUUCUGCUGAGUACCACCACAAAACCCUGUGAGGGUCUGUCUACUGACCACUCACUGUUACCUGUCUGGUAUCUGUAAACACUUUUUGUUCUUAGUCCUUUUCUUGUAUAAUUGAUGUUCUUUAAAAUUGUUAAUGUAUAACAGGGCUUAUGUUUCAGUUUGUUUUCUGUUCUGUUUUAAACAGAAAAUAAAAGGAGUGAUGCUCCUUUUCUCAUUUCAAAGUUGCUACCAGUGUAUGCAGUAAUUAGACAAAGA